AUGGUUCGCUUGCUUCAUUUGAUAGCCCCGGGCCUUUUGGCUGCGGCCGCUUCUGCUUUCGCUGGGCCCCAGUCGCCGCUGGGCGACUUCAUCACCGGUAACAGUUCAGCAGGGACGACUUUCAACCUCUCGACUCUGGCCUGGACUGUAAAGAACACAAAUGGGUCUAUUCAGAUCCCGGCAUCUGUGCCUGGCCAAGUGCAUCUAGACCUGCUGAAGGCUGGCAUCAUAGGAGAGCCUUACGUGGAAAUCAAUGAGUUCUAUCAGCGAUGGAUUGCGUACGAGCCCACUUGGACGUAUACGGCAAAGAUCCAGAAUCCAGACGAUCUGCGAUCAGCCAAGAAGAUCUUCCUUCGCUUCGAUGGUCUCGACACAGCCUGCAACAUCUCUCUGUUUGGCCAGCACGUCGCCGCUGUUGCCAAUCAGUUUCGUCAAUGGGCUUUUGAUGUGACGAGCAUUGUGCAGUCCCCAACGAACUCUACGGACAGAAAUAUAACGGUCGCAUUCCAAUCGCCCAUCCUCUAUGCCAAAGAAGUUCGGGAGAGGUCUGAAGUGUACCCGCCGGAUGCUUACACCAACCAAAGCGUCUUCUCCAAUCGCGAGUACAUCAGGAAACAACAGGCAGAUUUUGGAUGGGACUGGGGCCCGGCCUUUGCGCCUAGCGGUAUAUGGAAACCUGCCCUCCUCCUCGCGCUCGGUUCGCGUCAAAACGCAUCCGAGAAUCAGAAACGUCCUCAAAUUCACGAGCUCAAUACACUAGUGGAUAUCUACCGAGUUGGACAGCUCAACAACAUUCCUCCGAAUCAAAAUGCCAACUGGAUGGUCAACGUCUCGGCCGAGGUUCUGUCCGUCGAUACCUUUGACCGAGCGACUGUCACGCUCUCGUUUCCGCAGCUCCAAGUUACUUCUCCGCCUAUUCGGGUCGCCGGCAUCAAGCCUGGCAGAAACUUUGUGACUGCACACUUUGAGGUCGAUAAGUCGAAGCCUCAUCUGUGGUGGCCUGUGCAUAUGGGAAAGCAAAACCUCUAUGACCUUCAUAUUAGCAUCAAUCCUCAGCCAACGAGUGGGCUGGCACCGAUGAACUAUACUCGACGAACUGCCUUCCGAACGAUUGUGCUCAAUCUACUGCGCUACCCUGAUGCGCUGACCAUCCCGUUCGGUGGUCCCUAUAAACCGGGAGACCAGUUCCACUUUGAAGUCAAUGGCGUCACCUUCUUCGCAAAAGGAGCAAACUGGGUGCCUGCGGACGCCUUUUAUCGACGAAUCACAAAGGAGCGGAGACGCGGGAUUUUACAAAGUGCCGUUGAUGCCAAUAUGAACAUGGUUCGAGUUUGGGCCGGCGGAGUCUACGAAGAUGAUGAGUUCUACGAUCUCGCUGACGAAAUGGGCCUCCUGCUAUGGAGUGAGCUGCAGUUCUCCAUUUCGACAUACCCCGCGGAUCCGGCGUUUUUGUCAAAUGUCAUCCCGGAGAUAGAGUACAAUGUCCGUCGCAUCAACCGCCACCCCUCGCUUGCUCUCUGGGUAGGGAACAACGAAAUGGAAUGGUUUGUCCUCGGGCUGAACGCCACGUACCGCGGCGCCUACGGAAAGCAUCUCCUCGACGAAUGGGAUUAUACCUUCGUGCAGUUAUUCCAGCGCGUCAUCUUGUCUACGACCCGAUCCAUCACGUACCUGUUUUCUUCGACCACCCAAGGAUACCUUUCUGGCCCUGACCCUUGGAUCGCGCGGUACAACAAUAAGACCCGCGGAGAACUGUAUGGAAGUGCGGAGAAUUGGAACUUCGGCAUUGCGACGUUCGAGGACAUCACGCGCUUCCCCGCUGCACGAUUUGUCAAUGAAUUCGGGUUUCAUUCCAUGCCAUCUAUCUACACCUGGGAUGAAGUGCUGACAAGUCCCAGUGACUAUCAGUUCAAUAGCUCGGUGGUCGUUGCACGCAAUCGAAAGCCUCCUCCGGGCGGCACAGCAUGGCCAAACCCCAACUCGCCCAACGGCAUGUACCAGAUGACCCAAGGCGUCAUCACGCACUAUCCGGUUCCUUCCCGAGUUGACCAACGCACGAACUUCUCCAUGUGGUGCCAUGCCACGCAGUUGACGCAGGCUCAAUUCAUGCAGUUGCAAAUCGAGUCAUACCGUCUCGGCUCCGGGCGGCCUGAGAACAAUCUUGGAGCGCUUGUUUGGCAGCUCAACGACAUUUGGCAGGCCGACAGUUGGAGUGGCGUGGAGUACAGCUUCCGAUGGAAAAUCCUUCAGUACCAUCUUCGCCGUGUCUACCAGCCGGUUAUCAUUGUUCCGUUGUUCAACACCCGUACGGCCGACUUGUCCGUCUACACGAGCACAGACCUCCGCUCGACCGUAAAGGGCACGGCUUCCCUCAUCUGGCGCACUUGGCAGAAUGGAGCGGCGGUGAACUCGAGCGUUGUCCAUUUCACCACCCGAUCACUGAACAACACCUUGUUGGGGAGAGCCGUCGGGCUUUCGACAAUCGUGCCCGCUGGCUAUAGCGCCAAUGAUGUCUGGUUGCAGUUGACACUGAAUGCAACGGAUGCGAGUGGAAACAAGUACAAUCAUGAAAACGUCUUCACUCCGGUCAAGUUGAACGCCGCGAAUCUGAGAGACCCGGAGUUGACAGUUAGGCCCCAGCGCGGAACUACAAACGGAAUCGUGGUGGAGGCCAGCAGCGCCGCGGCCGCUUAUGCCUGGGUUGACCAUCCGCCAUGCAUCACUGGCCACUUUUCCGAUAACUCGAUCUUUGUUAUUCCGGGCCAGUCUCGCAUCCUGAACUUCGUGGUAUUCGAGAACACUUGCCAUGGCGAUUGGAGGCAGAGUAUCGUUAUCAGGAGCGUCUGGGACUACAAUCACGAAGGAUCCAACACCGAGAGCCUUGGUCACAGCACUUGA